AUGUUUCCGGUUCCUCUUGAUCAAAUGAAAAUUAUUCAAAUGAAUUUCUUUUAUUUUCAAAAAUUAACACAUUUAAUAAUUUUAUAUGAAAAUCAACAACAACAUCCAUAUGAAAUUGAAAAUAUUUGUUCAACAAUAUUAAUAUCAAAUGCAAUACCAACACUAAUGUCUUUUACAUUGAAUUAUGUACCUCUUGAUCUAAAUACGGAUAUAUUAAUAACAUUAACAGAAACAACAUCGAAUAUUAAAUAUUUAACACUUUAUUCUUGUUCAAUUGAUCAAUUACAAAAAAUAUUUUAUUUAACAAAAUUAAAAUCUAUUUCUUGUCGACAGUUGUCAACUUCAAUUCGAGACAAAGAAUUUAUUUAUAAUUUAAAAUUACAAAAAUUAAUAACAAAUUUAAUAUCGUUAAAAAUAGAAGCAACUUUUAUAACAUUUAAUGAGAUUCAAUUGAUAUUAAAACAAUUACCAAAUUUAAAAAAAUUAGAAUUAAUGUUAUUAUUAGGUCUUGAAGACGAAUUAUCAAAUGGUUAUAUAUGGGAAUCUUUUAUUAAAAUAUAUUUUAAAAAAUUAAAAAUAUUUUAUUUUUUAUUUGAUUAUUUAAGAAUACAAAAAUCGAUUGAUGAAUUGAUUCAACCAUUUAUGAGUCAUUUUGGAUAA